UUCCUGCAGCUGUGGGGGUCUAGUGUUGAGCUGCACGAGACUAUCAGAUUGCUGGAUCUUAUGGAUGACGUGUGUAAGGUGUCUGACCAGGCCUAUAUCAUGUGCAGUGAGAAACAGUAUUUCCUCGCCGCCCUUUUACUGUCGCAAACACUGGGGUACAUCGACAACGACCUCCAGGACGUGGGUGCACUCUCCGAGAUUCGCCAGGCCAUUCAAACGCAGCAGACAGCACUGUACGAUGUACUCGUGGACCAACUGCACACACAACUGUACAUGAAAUGGCUCAACACAGACACCCACAACAAACCAACGGAAGGCACCGAUACGAAACCCAAGGACACAGCCAUGGAGAAUGGCACACAACGGGUGUUCUCGGCCAGUUCUAAGACCAUCAGCUCUCGUCUGAUUCAGAAGUUUGUGGCCAGUUCCAUCUACACUCCCCGCAUGAAGCGAUGUCUGCAGGAUGUCGUGGAGAUCAAUGCACAGAACAGCAAGAA